UAUGGCCGCGCCACAGCAAUACUCCCUUAGAUGGAACAAUUAUUUUCGGCAUCUUACCUAUGCCCUGGACAAUCAUCGGGUAAAUGAUGAUUUUGUCGAUGUCAGCCUGCUGUGUGAUGGCAGGAAGAUAAAGGCCCACAAGGUGGUGCUCUCAGCAUGUAGUUCAUAUUUCAAGGAGAUUUUCACAGAAAAUCCUCAUCCCCAUCCGGUUAUAAUAUUUAAGUUUAUCAAAUAUGAAGAUCUCAAUUCAAUCAUAGAGUUUAUGUAUCAGGGCGAAGUAAAUGUCCAGCAAGAAGCAUUGCAAUCAUUUCUACAAACCGCCGAGCUGCUGGCAGUCCAAGGCCUUACGGCCGAAGAAAAAGAGAAACCCAAACCGCCCACUCCUGUACUCGACGAUCAAAAACUCAUGAAAUCCAUACCGAGCACAAUACGUGCCGUCAAUGAUGCCACAGCGGCAACACAAACCAUCGAUAUACCAUUGCUCCAGCCACACGCGACCCAACUGCAAAUGCCCAGUCUGCAAACACAGACGGCACAAGUACAAAACACAAACCAUCAACAUCAGCAACAUCAUCAUCAUCAUCAGCAGGUUCCGACACAAAUACAAAAUUUACAACUUCAUGCGAAUCCCCAGAAUACCGGCAACCAAGUGACCACACAUCAUCAGGUAACUACGGCAACGACGGGUCACCCACAGCAACAUAUACAAUUACAACAACAACAUCAUACUCAUCAGCAGCAGCAACAACAGCAGACCCAUAGCCAGCCAGUCCAAGUAACAACCCAAGCUGGAACAUUAAAUACAAAUAUUGUAACAUUACCCGCCUCAACUGCAACAGCAGCAACAAUGGGAGUAGGAGGAGUUUCGAUGAAGAAACGAAAAAUCACUUUUUCCGAUGAUGAUGAUAAUAUUUAUACCACAGAAGCGGUGGAUGAACAAACAAUAGUUAAGACUGCUGAUAUGACAAUUUUAAGAGGUGCCAUCAAAAUGGAUAUCCCCGAGUACAUAGUUGGUGAUGUUGAUGAUGAUGAUCGUCUGUCCGAUGGUGACGUAGCACCGGGUAACAAUCAAGAUUCUGCAACGGGUGGACAAAAUGUAACACAAUACACAUCCGAAUAUGAAAUAUUAACCGAAUCCGAAAUUGAAGAGAAAUAUCAACAUGGUGAUAAUUCGGAAAUUUCUUUAGAAAUGGGACGUUUGCUAAAUCAAACAACAUCAUCGGGUAAUGCGGGGGGACAACAUCAUUUGGACGAUAAUAAUUCCAAUUCAAAUGUUUUACUAAAAUCCGACAAUAAAGGUGGUGGCGGUGGCAGCGGAGGAGGAGGAGGCGGCGGCAAUACAUCAGCAGAUUUACCCAAUAAUAAAUGGACAGAAUGUCAAUUUUGCAAAAUGGUCAUAACGACAGUUUCAGGAAAAUAUUUGUUGUGUAAAAUCUGUAAACGUAAACUGAAUUCGCCAAAUGCCUUAAGACGUCACAUUGCCUCGAAACAUUCAAAAAUUAUGGGCAAAGAAUUUGAUUGUGCGGUUUGCAAUAAAAGUUUCAAAACCAAGUGGUCUCUGUCUACGCAUAAUUCCAGAUUUCAUCGUGAUAUGAAACCGGUAAAGGAAUGUAUAAAAAUGGAUUUUGUAGAUGGUUGAAGAUAAGA